AAAUUACAAGCAAACUGUGUAAUUAGUUAUUUUUUAUUUAUAUUUAAUGUUCAAUGCAUGUGACAUAAGAUUUGAUACGAUAGAAAAUCUUGAAGAGUUUUUGGAUUUUAGAGCGAACUAAAAGGCCUAGUAUUAAUUUCUAUCGUUGACUUUGACUCUAGCAAAUUUCACAUCUACCCAGCAACUUCUCGGAGUCAAACCUCUUGUUCAAGCAGCAACCAAAAAAAAGAUAAAAGGAUAGCAGGAGAAGCAGAACAGUGGGAGGAAGUAGCCAUGGCGGCGUCGAUCGAGGUGAACAACGAGUACGGCUACGUGGUGCUGGUGCUCGUGGCGUACGCCGUGCUCAACUUCUGGAUGAGCUUCCAGGUGGGCAAGGCCCGCAGGAAGUACAAGGUGUUCUACCCGACCAUGUACGCCGUCGAGUCGGAGAACAAGGACGCCAAGCUCUUCAACUGCGUGCAGAGAGGGCACCAGAACUCGCUGGAGAUGAUGCCGCUCUUCUUCGUCGUGCUGCUGCUGGGCGGCCUGCAGCACCCGGUCGUCGCCGCCGGGCUCGGGGCCCUCUACACGGUGGCGAGGUUCUUCUACUUCACGGGAUAUGCCACCGGCGUGCCGGCUAACCGGACGAAGAUUGGGAGGCUGAUCAUUCCGGCGGGGGGUGGGCUGAUCAUCUGCACGGCAUUGUUCGGCAUCAACCUGAUCGUCAGGGAGAUGCUCUGAAUUCUCUCAAGCUUCAAGAUCUUUGUGGGCUGGACUCUGGAGUAGUUCAAGGGGGCUUCACGCAUGUGGACAGUAGUGGAUUAUACAGUUCCUGUUCCUAGUUAUCUUCUCUUAUGGAAUAAAGUUCAUUCUUGCUUUACCAAAAUAAAAUAAAAAAGUUCAUUCCUGCUUUCACUGUGAAGGAUUGUACCACGAAUGUUAUUUUCUUUAGUAUCAGUG